AUGGUUACUAGUAUGAUCAACCUCAACCGUCCCCCAAUUGCCGGUUUUGGCGUUCAAAAAUGUGUCAACACUCCAUUUGACUUGGUUAUUGCCAGCGAGGACAGCAGGAGGGUAAAUGCUAACGCGGUGAUAGAAAUUAACAGAGUGUGGAGCGCCAUAGCGAGUCAGUUAGAUAUAGGAGGGCAGCAUAGAGUGGGUUAUAUCACGAUUACGCCUAAUAAUGUGAUCACAAACUUUGACCUCACUACCCAUACAACCGACUCCGCCAUAGUCACAGCCUUUACCGCAGUGCCUGAACAGAGCAACGCUAAUGGAAAUGCCAGAAUCGCUCAAGGUCUCGAUGCAAUUAGGACCCAGUUGGAUAAUAAUCAAAGACAAAACGCCGCCAGAUAUGGACUCGUUUUGAGCGCAACACUUGCAAACAAUAAUGCUUUAAGGACCGCUAGUCAAGCAAAUGCUGACAUCACUAUGUUUGCUAUUGGUAUAGGAGAUAUUUUUAGCAAUUUAGACCGAGCUAUAAGUACUAUUGUACGUUAUCCUCCUGUUGAUAAAUACCGACGCGCACUCAUGAUGGUUAGUUUCAACCAAUUUAGGGACAACGUCGUGGAAAAUGCAACACUUCGAUUAUUCUGUCCAGGUGAUAUCGGUGGCAGGUGUGGAAGGGACACAGUUUGUGAUAAAGCUGCAAACACUAUAUGUGUGCAGCAAACAUGCAAGUGUAAUCAACGCCUUCAGAAUGUGAACGGUGUUUGUGUAACUGGCCCAGUCAUCAACCAACCAUGCAACCUAGGCGAAUGCAGCGUGUUUAACUCGGAAUGUGUACUGGGCGUUUGUGCCUGUAUUGAGGGCUUUACAGCAAGAGGGACGUUUAUCUGUGAUUCAACUACAGAUGAAAUAGACAUAUCGAAGGGAGAUAGAAUAGGUGAGUAUGAAGACAUUACAAUCGGCGUCCUGGCUGCAGUGUUUCCUUUCCUCAUAACCGGCAUUAAUCUAGUUAAUCCAUCUACACUUGCUGCGGUUGCCCGUCGCUAG